CACGGUCACACUGUUGUCUCUACACUAGCGUUGAUUUUGUUAAAAUUUUCAAACAAACUGCUCAGAAAACUGGGAUUUUGUCAGAAUAAACAUAUCCUAUCGCAUUCAAACAACUGUACGAGCAGAUUUCUACAAAGCAAACAAAAAGUUACUUGGAAAAGUAAUCAAGCCGAUAGAGCUCACCUCUCGAUCUGAGAAAAGUGCGCGUGUGUUAGACAUUUUCACGCCUCAGCGUGGGAAAAUACAUUUUUACGCCUCAGCAGAAAUUUGAAGAACGCUAAAAGGAGUCGGAAAAUUGCAAACCAAGUUUCAACCUCAACGCACAUACAGUCCAACUGUAAACGGAAUUCAGUGAUCGAUAAAUAUAAAUCCAGGAAACCAAACCAACAAAGUUGCAGAGACAUUAAUUAACCACAAAAUAACACAAAGAACAAACUGAAAAUGGUUCAGACCGGAAUUUCGUUAAACGAACGCUUCACACAGAUGCAGUCCAGACAGAAGCAGGAGCAGCAGCAGGCAGUCAAUGGACGUGGACGUCGGAGCCGCUCUCAGAGCCAGAGUCGCAGCCGCAGGAUUGUGGACAGCAAUGCGGCUAUUCCAGUUGUAUCGGCAGCCAAUUCUCGUCUGCUGCAGGAGUUCAAACGGAAGCACACCGUGCAGACGGCCCUCAAACUGAAGCGCAGAAGCUUACGGAACACUGGCGGCGUCGUACGCGGAGCACGCGUGGGCGGCAUCAAAUCGGUGCGCCUGGCCCCCAAUGGAAAACCCAUGCGGUCAAACAAUGUAACCCGGGUAGCAACGAUGCGUGCUGAUCUCAUCGCUAACAGCAAUCUGACACGUCGUCGCAGCGGCAGCACAACCCGUCGCUCCUCCUCGGCCGUGGGCGGACUUCGCCAACGACUGGGCAACCGUCGGCCCUCUGUGGGUGGCGCCUCCGAGCGUGUGGAGCGACAUCAGCGCCAGCUGAUUAAGCAGCAGCAGCAGCAGUAUCAUCUUCAGCAGACCCGUGGACGCUCACGCAGCCGUUCACGUUCUCGCCUUCCCCAAGUGAGCGCCCGCAAUGAUCGCUCUCGCUCGCAGAGUCGCGGACGCAUCGCCGGCCCUCAGUUCAAUCGCACACGCUCUCAGAGUCGCACUCGUGGACGUGAACGUCGCCAGCAGUCGGGUACUAGGGCUGGACAACAAACACCCCGUGUCUCGGUCAAGCAGCGUCUGGGCGUGCGUCCAGGCCAGGGCAGGGCUGGUGCCGGAGCUGGAACCAGAGCGGGAGCCAACCAGGCCAAGAAUCAGCGCCGUGCAUCGAGCAAACUACGUGGCGUGGCGAGCGGGCGGGUGGAGAAGCGUCGCAAUGCCAAUCCUCCGCAGAAGGGAGUUUCAGCUUCUCUCGCCGGACGACGAGGACGUCCACGUGGAAGAUCUGCUGCUAGGGUCGCUGCUGCUGCUGGGGGAGGUGCUGCUUCGGGCUCCAAUGCAGCCUCCACACGUCGCUCGCGCUCACGCAAUCGACCUGCUGCCGCUGCUGUCACUGCUGCCGCCGCUACCCCGGGAAGGGCCAACAAUACACGCAACCGCCGAGGCCGCAGCGCUGGCGCUGCCAAAGGUUCGGGUGCCAAGGGGGUCGCCGCCAACAAAAAUGGUAACAGAAACAAUAGCAAAAGCAAUGCCAUCAAGGGCAAGACCAACAAGGGCCGCGCAGGAGGUGGAGGUGGUGGCAAGCCAGGGCCACAGCAACAACAGGCUCGUCGGGGGCGCAGUCGUACUCGUACUGGUCGUCAGGCUGCAGGCAAAGGCAAAGCAGGCCCACGUGGAGAGGUCAAACGCGAGGAUCUGGAUAAGGAGCUGGAUCAGUACAUGUCCACCACCAAAUCGGAAAUGGACUAUUUGCUAAAGUAAACUUGACUCGUCGUUCGACCAAAGAAGUAGCGGGAAGUAUCAAAGGACUAUGAAUGAAAGAGCGCAAGCAACCACCGGCUUAAACAAUUUAUGUUUCUCUUAGUUUAAUAAGUUACACAAUAAGUUUAUAAUUAUCUUUAAUCAGAUAUGUACAAUUAAAAAAAGCGCUGCCAGAAGCACGCAGACAUAUAUGUUCUCUAAAAGAAAAGCCUAAUUUUGUUGUAAGUUUUUCGUGUAAAUAUACUAUGACAUAAUAUUGUAAGUAAAUCAAACUAUUGAAAUAUUGAAAGCUUGUUCUCGAUGUUAAUGUUAAACGCAUUUUCCCGAAAUACAAACUUAUUCAUUGCUCAAC